ACAAAUAAAUAAAGUAGUAAAGACUUAAAUAAUUUAAAUACAUAUUUUUUUAGAGCGACAUACAUUGGAAAUGCCUAAAGAACAAUUUCGAGAAGCUGAUGUUACUAAAAAAAUUUCUCAUGUUUCUUUCGGGAUUGAUGGACCCGAUAAGAUACAACAAGAAGCUCAUAUUCAAGUUGUGGGAAAAAAUCUUUACAAUCAAGAUAAACUACGGACUCCAGUUCCGCAUGGUGUCUUAGAUCGUCGGAUGGGAAUUAGUCAAAAAGAUGCAAAAUGUGAAACUUGUAAGCAAGGUCUAAAUGACUGUGUUGGACACUUCGGAUAUUUGGAUUUGGCUUUGCCGGUCUUUCAUGUGGGACAUUUUCGAGCAACUAUUACUAUUUUACAGACCAUUUGUAAAACGUGUUCUCAAGUUAUGUUGAAAGAGGAAGAUAAGGCAUUCUAUACAAAAAAAAUGAAAAAUUCUAACCUGUCUUAUUUGGCAAAAAAAACUUUGCAUCAUCAAAUAUUAAUUAAAGCAAAAAAGUUCAGUAAAUGUCCAUAUUGCGGAGCGAUGAACGGCACUGUAAAGAAAGGUCCUGGAUUGAUGAAAAUUCUGCAUGAACCAUUUCGUGGAAAAAAGGCAACGGAUCCUUUAAUUUCAAGUGCACUGGAUGAAAUGUUAUUGUCUGCUCAGGAUAAUAAGGAACUAAGUCAAGUUUUGAGUCCCUCGGCAUUAAUUGAAGAGCUGAACCCCAUUUCUAUUCUUAAUUUAUUUAAAGAAAUACCCAAACAUGAUAUAGCACUACUUGGAAUGACCGGUCCACAAGCGAAUCCCAGCGACCUAAUUCUUACAAGGUUAUUUGUUCCGCCGUCUUGUAUUCGGCCUUCAGUUAUAUCAGACGUAAAAUCGGGCACUACUGAAGAUGAUCUAACAAUGAAGCAAAGUGAGAUUUUACUAAUCAAUGAUGUGAUUGCAAAACACAUGAGCUCCGGAGGAAAGAUAGAAUUAAUACAAGAGGAUUGGGACUUCCUGCAACUGCAUUGUGCACUCUAUUUUAACAGUGAGGUGUCUGGGGUUCCACUGAAUAUGGCACCUAAAAAGUCCUCACGAGGCAUUGUGCAAAGGUUAAAGGGAAAACAAGGACGAUUUCGUGGGAAUUUAUCGGGAAAACGUGUAGACUUUUCAGCCCGUACGGUCAUUUCUCCUGAUCCAAAUCUAAUGAUUCAUCAAGUUGGGGUCCCUAAUCGUGUUGCGAAAAUUCUUACGUUUCCCGAGCGUGUCAAUGCAGCUAACAUUAACAAAAUGCGACAACUUAUCCGUAACGGGACCGAUGUUCAUCCAGGGGCCAAUUAUGUACAACAAAAAGGAACAGCAUUUAAAAAAUAUUUGGCAUACGGUAAUCGAGAUAAAGUUGCAAAAGAUUUAAAAUGCGGCGAUAUAGUUGAGCGUCAUUUAAGUGAUGGUGACGUUGUUCUGUUUAAUCGCCAGCCAAGUUUGCAUAAACUGAGUAUUAUGUGUCACGUUGCUAAAGUUCAACCGCAACGAACAUUUCGAUUUAAUGAAUGCGUUUGUACACCAUAUAACGCCGAUUUUGAUGGAGAUGAAAUGAACUUGCAUCUGCCUCAAACUGAAGAAGCACGAGCUGAAGCAUUAAUUUUAAUGGGUAACAAAUCUAAUCUUAUCACUCCUAGAAACGGAGAGCUCCUCAUCGCUGCAACUCAAGACUUUAUCACCGGUGGAUAUUUACUGACACAGAAAGAUGAAUAUUUGACACAUGAUGAAGCAAUGCAAUUGGCAUCCUGUAUGCUAGCCGGCACGGAUGCAGGAAUGAAGAUUGAUUUGCCUAUUCCAGCAAUCAUAAAACCUCGACGUUUGUGGACCGGAAAACAGAUAUUUUCAUUAAUUUUGAAACCUAACAAAUACUGUCAUGUUUUGGCAAAUCUCUCGGUGAAAGGAAAGAAUUAUACCAAUAACAAAGAUAUGUGUAUAAAAGAUUCAUGGGUAACUAUAAGAAACUCUGAGCUGUUAACAGGUUCAAUGGACAAGAUCACCUUAGGAUCUGGUACUAAAUCUGGAAUAUUUUAUGUGGUUCUUCGAGAUUUUGGAGAGAAUUAUGCGACUAAAGCAAUGUGGCGACUAGCAAGAAUGACAUCUUAUUUCUUGAUGAAUCGAGGAUUCUCCUUUGGAAUCGGAGAUGUUACUCCUAGUAGACGGUUACUGGACAAGAAACAAAAACUCUUAGAUAUUGGAUACAAAAAAUGUGAUGAGAAUAUCAUGCAAAUGAAGAGCGGAACAUUACAAUGUCAACCAGGAUGUACAAUGGAAGAAACUCUAGAGUCCAUGAUGUUAAGAGAAUUAUCCAGCAUUCGAGAGCUUGCGGCAAAAGCUUGUUUCAGUGAGUUGCAUCAUACAAAUAGUGCAUUAAUCAUGGCUCAAUCUGGUUCAAAGGGCUCUAACAUAAAUAUUUCGCAAAUGAUUGCGUGUGUAGGACAGCAAGCUAUUAAUGGAAAACGAGUUCCUAAUGGCUUUGAAGAUAGAGCGCUUCCUCAUUUUGAAAGAUAUUCCAAAAUUCCAGCUGCCAGAGGCUUUGUCCAAAAUAGUUUUUUCUCUGGAUUAACUCCCACGGAGUUCUUUUUCCAUACCAUGGCUGGUCGAGAGGGCCUAGUAGAUACUGCCGUAAAAACAGCUGAGACGGGAUACCUGCAGAGACGACUUGUGAAAUGUCUCGAGGAUUUAGUGGUCCAAUACGAUGGCACGGUUCGAAAUGCCAUAAAUGAAGUUGUAGAAUUUAAAUAUGGAGCAGAUGGGCUUGAUCCAACAUUUAUGGAAUCUAAGAAUCGGCCAAUUGAUUUCUCUCGACAAUGGAUGCAUUUACGGUCUAUGACACCCAAUAGAGAAGCAAAUAUAAUAAAAUCAUAUGAUAUUCUUAACAUUACUACGAAAAUACUUGAGUCAGAUGAUUUUUCUCAUAUGAGCGAGGUGUUCAAAAAUGGUUGUAAGGAUUUCAUGAAAGAAGUGGUAGAUCGGUUAGAAAUGAACGAAAAAAAGUUUGCAAAGCAUGAGAAAAUAGCAUGUGAAAUUGAACGUGUUACAAAUGAGCACAUACAUAAAUUUUUGCGUGUUUCAAAGGAUAAAUAUAAUGAAGCAGUCACAGAGCCUGGAACGGCUGUUGGAGCUUUGGCUGCUCAAAGUAUAGGAGAACCUGGCACACAAAUGACUUUAAAAACAUUUCAUUUUGCUGGUGUUGCAUCAAUGAAUAUUACUCAAGGGGUACCUCGAGUGGUAGAAAUUAUCAAUGCAACGAAAAGUAUUUCAACUCCAAUUAUAACGGCUGAAAUAGAAAAUAAGACAAGUAUGGAGUUUGCGAGAAAAGUUAAAGCUCGUAUCGAAAAAACAACAUUGGGAGAGAUUGCAACAUGCAUUGAUGAAGUUUAUAAAUCUGAAGAUUGUUUUCUUUUAGUUAAGUUAGAUAUUGAUCGUAUAAGAGUACUUGGACUAGAAGUAAAUACUGCUUCUAUUAAGUAUUCUUUGUGUACUUCAAAGUUAAAAUUAAAACCAAACCUAGUAGAAACUAUAGGAACCUCACUAAUUGUCAUACGACCCGAUCCAUCAAAACAUGCUAGUGCUUUAAAUUCUGAGAUGCAACGUCUUCUUGCUCUAAUCCCACAUGUAGUUGUUGCUGGUCUCCCAAACAUUUCGAGGGCAGUCAUAGCAAUUGACGAUACAGUUUAUCCACAUAACUACAAAUUAUGUGUAGAAGGUACUGGAUUAAGAGAUGUUAUGGCAACGUAUGGUGUUGUGGGAAGCAAAACAAAAAGUAACAACAUAUUAGAAGUCUAUGCAACAUUGGGAAUUGAGGCAGCUCGAACUACUAUUGUUAAGGAGAUUACGGAUGUGAUGGAAGGACAUGGAAUGAGUGUAGACUAUAGACACAUUAUGUUACUUGCCAGUCAAAUGACAGCAAGAGGCGAAGUUUUAGGGAUAACUCGUCAUGGUUUGGCAAAAAUGCGUGAAUCAGUUUUUAAUUUAGCCUCGUUUGAAAAAACAGCUGAUCAUUUGUUUGACGCUGCGUACUACGGUCAAACUGAUUCUGUUGAUGGAGUCUCCGAAAGGAUAAUUUUAGGGAUGCCAGCAAACAUUGGAACUGGAUUGUUCAAAUUACUACAUAAUCAUGAAAAUCGUCUGUUAAACAAUUGUAUUGAUCCCUUAUUUGAUAUGAUAUGAUCAUUCAGUUUUGUACUUAUUUAUGUAAGAUAAUGCAAUGGAAAACCUAUGUAUUUCUUUUAAAAAAUUUAAAACAUUUUUUCUUUUCAUAUAUUA